GCUGCAGAGACCUGUUACAGUCUGCAUUCCUCCAGACGAAAAAUAGACGAUUUGUGCAUAAUCAUGACCGAGUGAAAGAAGCUCAUAAUAGUUCUAUUAUUCUGUAACAUGUUGUUUUCUCAUCAUUUUAUAGAUUCUGGAAUUGGACAGUAAGACCUCCAAGCAUUCAAGUCCAGCCGAGUCUACGUUUCAUGUUGAUUGGAUCCGCAUCUCUAAUCCUAAGGGGUUCUGAUACAUCUUAUAAUAGAACAUCUACAGAAUUCAAUGCAGCACACGUCUUUCUUUCUUCCUUUCUUUCAUUUGCUCCAGAAGCUGCACGAUGCAUAAACUCUAAAACCUAACCACAAAUAGGUUCAGAGGUCAACAGAGAAGUAUAGGCCUGUCCUCAAAAGACCUUCACAACUUGAUUGCAUGCUGUCAAUAUGCUGGAUAUCAGGGGGACUGACUCCUGCAUACACCAGAUAUGUACAUAAUCUGUUAAUAUCACAACAAAGAAAACCUAAUUUAAUUGUUAAGUUAAUCAUAAACAAUAUAUAGAAUGAACUUUUCAGACGUUAAGCAGACCUGAAACAAACAAAAUUAAAUACAUCACAAUAAUAUUAUUUUGCACAAUAAUAUUAUUUUUUAUCUUCUCUGAAAGUUGAUGAAAUAAAUUAAAUAUAAUCUUUCUUUUUCUUUUUUGUAGAAAUCUCUUUCGUUUCUCUUCUUGAUACCAGUAUUUAAAUGCAUGGUUCUACCCACACAAUUAUCAAACCCAAGUAAAGCAAUAUAGCAUAAACCUCUUCUUAGUAACUCAACCAAAUGAAGCCUUUUUCUUUCUUACCACCUAUACUUUUGUACCUAUUAUACCUUCAUCUUCUUUUUAUGUUCCCUGCUCCAAACAAAUUUGUAGCAGUGGCAUUGCUCAAAUUCAAAGAAUCAAUAUCUAGUGAUCCAUAUAAAACUCUCGAAUCUUGGAAUUCUUCCAUCCACUUCUGCAAGUGGCAUGGAAUCACAUGCAACCCUAUGCAUCAAAGAGUUAUAAGGUUGAACUUAGAAGGAUAUAAGUUACAUGGAUCUUGAUCUCCCCAUAUUGGCAAUCUCUUUUUUAAAACAUUUGAAUAUUUCUUUUAACAUGUUGGAAGGUGAGGUACCAACACACGGUGUCUUUGCGAAUGUAACCCAAGCAGAAAUUAUUGAGAGCAAAAAGCUUUGUGGAGGUAUUUCACAAAGCUUUUUAAGUUGAUACCAGUGAUAGUUAGCGUUGUUUCUUUUCUUCUCAUACUUUCAUUUAUUAUAACUAUGUACUGGAUGAGGAAAAGAAAUCAAAAAAGAUCUUUUGAUUCACCAACAAUUGAACAACUAACUAAGGUUUCAUACAAAGAAUUGCAUCAAGGAACAAAUGGGUUCUCACCUACAAACUUGAUCGGAUCAGGAGGUUUUGGUUCCGUGUACAAAGCAAAUCAUGUGUCGGAAGAUCAUGUUGUUGCCGUAAAGGUUUUGAACCUCCAAAAAAAGGGAGCUCGCAAGAGUUUUAUUGUUGAAUGUAAUGCACUCAAAAAUAUUAGACACCGAAAUUUAGUUGAGGUUUUAACAUGUUCUAGUACAGAGUACAAAGGUAAAGAAUUCAAAGCUCUAGUUUUCGAUUACAUGAAAAAUGGAAGCUUAGAACAAUGGUUACAUGAAAAUGAAGAGAAUCCAACAACAUUGGGCCUUGGUCAAAGAUUAAACAUAAUUAUCGAUGUUGUUUAUGCAUUACAUUAUCUUCACCAAGAAUGUGAGCAAUUGGUCCUUCAUUGUGAUCUAAAGCCAAACAACGUCCUUAUUGAUGAUGACAUGGUUGCUCAUGUGAGUGAUUUUAGAUUUUGGAAUAGCAAGACUUGUCUUAGCCAUUGGCAGCAGCUCUCAGAAGGAUACUAGUACAAUUGGAAUAAAAGGGAUUUUUGGUUAUGCUCCUCCAGGUAUGUUCAAAAUUCUUGAAUCAUACAGUGUUUCUAUUAAUUCUCCUAUGUUUUGGUGCAGACAUAAUAAUUUACUAGUGACAUAGUAUUAACAAAACUUUUGCUACAUGUUUUAGAGUAUGGAAUGGGUUCUGAAGUUUCCACAUGUGGCCGACAUGUAUAGCUUUGGAAUCCUAAUGUUGGAAAUGCUUACCGGUAGAAGACCUACUGAUGAAUUUUUUGAAGAUGGUCAAAAUUUGCAUAAUUUUGUUGCAAUUUCAUUUCCUGAUAAUCUUAUGAAGAUUUUAGACCGACAUCUUGUAUCAAGAGAUGUAGAAGUAGCAAUGCAAGAUGAAAAUCGUGAGAAUCUUAUUCCAACUAUUGAAGAGUGCUUAAUUUCACUUUUUAGGAUUGGAAUUAUUUGUUCAAUGGAAUCACCGAAAGAAAGAAUGAAUAUUGCAGAUGCCACCAGAGAGCUUAGCAAAAUCAAAAAGGCCUUUCUCACUGGUGAGAUGAUAUUUUCAUAUGCUUAUUUGAAUAAUAACAAACUCAUUAUAUGUAGUUAUAAUUUGAUUUUAAUAAUCUUAUUGUAUAUUUGCUGAACUAAAUUUCUAAGAUCAUUUGUGAAAAGAGAAGUGUAUUCAGCUAGAUGCACUGUUGUUAAGAAACUUAAAAUAAAUGGUUCAGCUAGAAGCACAUGUGCAAUGCUUAGUUUACUAAUGUGUGACUCGGUUAAAAGGUAGGGAAUCCGUUUCCACGGAAACAAAGCUUAAAUUAGUUCAAUAUAUCGUAAUCAACCAGAUUGACAUGCUAAAGUUUCAUUGAAUCCUGUGAAACUUGGAUAUUCAUCAUAUAUAUAAUUCAAAAUAUAGAUAGAAAAUCAGGACAUUAGCAAUACAAAGAUGCAAUAUUUUGAAAAGAUAGAGAAUCAG